UGAUUAUUAAAUAAAAAAGAAACCCAUAAUGCCUACAAAUUAAAUGCAUCAAAAAUUUUUUAUCUUGAGGCCAAAAACCAAAUACGAAGGAAAAAAAAUCCGAAAUGGACUAAUGGAGACAGAGGAUUUCAUUUUUGGAUUCUCACAAGUUUUGAACUUGUUCCAUCCCGCUCGCUCUCAUGUCUCUCUAUCUAUGUAUAUAUAUGUGUGUGCAUUUUCCUGACAUGCCCAUCAGCCAACACUCUCUUAUACUCACCUCUCUUAUCUACAGACAAGAAGUUGACGUUUGGUUGGUUUGAAUCUAAACCCUAAGCUCGAUAAACCUUUUAGAGUUAUGAAGACUCGUUUGCUUUGAACUUUUUUUGUUACAAACUGUAAUCCUAUGAGGCGUGCAGUCUUGAACAAGGAGAACAUGUCCUCAUACCCCACUAUUCGAAUCACACGAGCUCGUGCAAAAGCUUUACAUCCUUUGGAAAAAAAACCAGGUGACAAGGUUUUGCGAAAAAGCACAAAAAGAGCAUCAUGCAGUGACAAGAAGACUGAGGGAUUAGAUGGCUGUCUGAAGAAAAGGGCUGUGCUUAAGGAUGUGACUAACGUAACACGUCAAAAUGAGCUUAGAAAACGAGAUACAAAAGUCUCCUUACAGACAGAGGGAAAGGUGGCUCCUGCUUGUAUUGCUAAAAUGCCCCAAAUUCAAGAUGAUAAAAGAGAAAGCACGAAAAUUGUAUCAGUCAAGAACUUGCCAACCGAGAUAACUGAACUUGUGGACCGAAAAUUGUUGCGCACAUUAAGUCCGAUUCUUGAGAAGACAAAUCCCAAAAAUGCACAGCUCUGCAAGGAAGAAGAGAACUCGGAUGAUACUGACAUAAUUGAUAUAGAUACAAGACACAAGGAUCCACAGUUGUGUAGUCCUUAUGUAGACGAUAUAUAUCAUAACAUGUACACAGCUGAGCUUAACUGUAGGCCAGCGCUUGAUUAUAUGGAAAGCAUGCAGCGAUUUAUCAAUCAUGACAUGCGGGCUAUUCUGGUCGAUUGGCUUGUUGAGAAAAUACGAAAAAUAUAUGCUCCCUCUGUGGAAGAAUUUUGCUUCAUUACUGAUAAUACGUACACGAAAGAUGAGGUUGUCAAAAUGGAAAGUCGUGUUCUGAACUGUUUGAGCUUUCAUUUAUCGGUUCCCACCACAAAGAAGUUCCUCAGAAGCUCAUGGGUGGUUUCUGCAAAUAUCCCGUAUUACUUACUCUGCUUCGAAAAAUUUCACUCUUAUGUCCACAGGAGAUUCAUUCAUGCAGCACAAGUUUCGUACGAGGCUCCUUUAGCCGAGCUCGAAUUCUUGGCGAAUUAUUUAGCUGAAUUAACACUACAAGAGUACAGUUUCCUCAAAUUCUUACCAUCCCAAAUUGCUCCAUCUGCUGUUUUUCUAGCAAGAUGGACACUUGAUCAGUCAAACCAUCCAUGGAAUUCGACUUUGGAGCAUUAUACACGGUACAAAACAACCGAGCUGAAAAAUUCAGUUUCAGAACUGCAAGAGUUGCAGCUCAACACUCGAGGGUGUUUGCUUAAGGCCAUUCGCGAAAAAUAUAAGCAACCUAAGUUCAAGUGCGUCUCGACUCUUUGUUCGUCAAGACCCGUGCAAUCACUUUUCUAAGGAAAACUGUUUUUACCACAAUUGUUGUACCGUUUCAGUUUGCAGCUUUUCCUUGUACCAGUUGAUAAACGAUUUCAUUAUCGAGCUAUUUAGUUCGGCUCAUGUACAAAAUCUCUAUAACAAUUGAGUUGAUUGAUCUUCAAUACAAUAAUUUUGAUAUUCAUCAUACUAAA